CAGUGUGAAAUGUAUGUACUCACCUGCGAAAACGAGAUGGCGUGCUUGCCUGCGCAGUACAUUGCUCUUCCGCGACCUUACCAAUUAUUGCAUGAAAGAAAAUCCAAAAGUUGAAAAGUCUGCGCAUCAUUCAGCCCAUGAAGAAUUAUGUGGGAAAAGUAUGACUGAAGCGAAAAAUCAACCAUUUUAGUACACGUAUACAAGAAACGCGUUUUCAUGUUCGGCGCAGCAAUUCGAUGUAGUGGCAGAUAUUUGCAGCGUGACCUUUGCAAGUUAAACUAUUCAAUAGCUCUACCCGCGUGCUGUCACAUUAUUUUACCACAACAGCAGUUAGCAGUGUCGGCACGAUUUUAUAACAAAUCGAUAGUACAUUUAAUAAAAAAUACAAUUACUCACAGUUCCAGCACGAAGAUAAGUCAACACAGAAUGCCACAAGAACAGAAGCCUCAAAUUGUUUUUGUAUUGGGCGGUCCUGGUGCUGGUAAAGGUACACAAUGCUCGAAAAUUGUGGAGCGCUACCAGUUUGUACAUCUCUCUGCGGGCGAUUUAUUGCGAGAGGAACGUGCACGUGAGGGUUCCGAGUUUGGUACUUUGAUCGAGGACUAUAUACGUAAUGGAAAAAUUGUUCCUGUUGAAGUGACAUGUUCUCUGCUCGAGAAGGCGAUGCAGAACUCUGGAAAGCAUAGAUUUCUCAUUGAUGGCUUUCCACGCAAUCAAGAUAAUCUGGACGGCUGGACCCGUCAGAUGGCUGACAAAGUUGAUUUUCAAUUUGUAUUAUUUUUCAACUGCAGCGAAGAUAAGUGUGUUGAACGUUGUUUGUCCCGAGGCCAAAGUGGUUCCGGUCGUAGUGACGAUAACUUGGAGAGUUUAAAGAAGCGCAUACAAACAUACAACAAUGAUUCGUUGCCAAUUAUCAAACAUUUUGAAAAAUUGGGACAAGUGAUGCAAAUCGAUGCCAGUCCAAGUGCUGAAGAAGUGUUCAAACAUGUGGAAGAAGUGUUUGCAGCCAAAGGCUUCCAGUAAAGCGGCUCCAGGCUGUUAAGUACACAACUCUAUCUUGCGUUUUAGUGAUAUAAUAUAUGUAAUGCGAAAGACGUUACACCUGAUCAUUAAAUUAUUCAAAAUGGGAUAUUAGAAAAUACUUAAUUAUAGACACAUAUGUAUGUGUAUAAAUAUAUACGUAUGUAUGUAGUAUAUAAUAUGCUUUGGUUUUAUUAAUGCUAGCGAAAAGUAAAAAAAAAAAAUUUUAACAAAAGAACGUUGAACGUUGUCACGUUGUGAUUGUACGGAGUCAAAGUCAGCUUUUCCAUGACGACUUGACGUAAUACCAAUUUAUUCGUACACAGGCGGUUUAGUAAUGAUUUCAAUUAUCUUACGUAGAGGUCAGUUUGUGGACACUUUUAAAAUAAUUGUAUGUAACUUAGUUGUAAGAUUCAAGAAUAAAUUAAAAAAAAAAAAACAAA